AUGUCGUCAUUGAGAGUUCUCGCGGUGGGAGACAAUACCAACGUCUUGCUAUACGCUUGGCGGAUCCAGCAGUCCAAAAGUGUGAGCCUGGUACAUGUUAGCAGCACGAAGAGCGCCGAAAUUUGUAUGGAAACUACACAAUACGGAAACGAAACAUUCCGCUUUGAGCACCACUACCAGAGUAUCGAUGAUAUGCUAGCGGGCAGCGGUGGUAGCAGCAGAAUAUUUGAUCUUGUCAUCCUUAGCGCUUCGUCACUACAGGAUAUUUCGAGCCUCGCCGCCAAAUUGAACCCGGUACUCAAUCUCAAUACCAAAAUCCUGGUGGAAAGCUCAGGCUUCGUACAUUUAGAGCCCUUCGUUAAAAUGUCAAUAGAAUUUGGGCAACUCAAGGUGUUUUCCGUGAUGUGCGACUUUGACAUAAGGCAAGUGUCAGAGGGACGCUUCGUACAGGCGGCCCAUCAUAAAGGUGCUUCAAAUGUUUAUCUGGGUGAAUCUGGCGUCAAGGGCGCCACAAAGUAUCCUGCCGAUAAUGUCGCGCUACUCGAGACUUUCAAACGAUUGUUCUUGAAGCUUUUCCCUCGCGAUAAGGUACACGUCUGCAACUUCUCUUACUUGGAAUUUUUAUCGCAGCAAUGGAAAUUGGCACUUCCUCGAAUUUGCUUUGAUCCACUCUUUAUUCUUUUAGAGAAUUCGCAGCCCGCCCAUCUUAAUGAACAGAUACUCGCCAAGCCUCUAAUUUCAGGAUUGGUCACAGAAAUUAUUACAGUCACGAAAACCAUGGGUGCUAAGCUGCCUGCUGGGUUCGACAACGAAAAGGACUUACUUUCAUUAUGGUUGAAGAACACCAAUAAUGAACUGCCGCAGCUCGCUUACCACUUUCUACACAAGACUGCCCCACUGAAUAUUGACAUGCUUUUACUCCAGCCAAUCUUGCUUGCCGAUGACUACGGUAUCAAAACCCCAUAUUUGGAGUUUCUUUAUUCAAUGAUGUGUCAAUAUCAGAAGAUAAAUGACGGCGAGUCUCAAUGGUUUGGACGCCUGGAUUCUCAGGCCAAACUCGUAGAAAAGGUAGGCAUUUUGGAACAAGAACACAGAACAAUCAGUGCCCAGCUGCGCUCUACCCGCGAAACUUUAGUCACUGCGAAAGAGAAUUACGCAAGCCAACUACGUGCCACUAGCGAGCAAGAACUCAAAUACAAAGCUGAAAUCACCAACCUGCAAGGCAGAUUAGCCAAGUUGAAUAACGAUAUGGCGAAUGAACAACGUAAGGUUGCUGCUUUGGAAUCAGGCCACAAAAGACAGCUCGAGCAACAACAACAACAGAAUCAGAAGGAGCGCCUACAUCUUCAACAAUUACAGCAACAAUCACAGCAACAACAACUGCAACAAGCAGAUGAUGCACAGGCAAGAACUACCCCCAGGGAGUCAUUUCAUUACACCUCCACCGGGACUCCCAAUCUUCGUGAUAUUGAGGAUAUUGCCUUGUAUGGCGUUCAGUACGAUGCAUCUCCAUCCCAACAAAAGAAACAAAUGUCAAAUGAGGCUCUCGCAACGAAUUCAGCUAAUGGUUCAGUUAAUGGCGACACCAACGCUUCUGGUCCGGUCAACACUGACGCUAAAGAUAUCGCUGCAGGUGCGAACGGUGCAGUUUUGCGCGAACGUGAGUUAGAAUUGCGUAGAAGAGAGUUGGAGUUGAAGGAGAAAGAAUUGGAGCUGCAAAAACGAGCUGCUGCCAGAGCCAGACCGACACCCACAAAGUACUACAGCGGUCCCUCAUUAUCACAACAAAAUGGAUCUGUUUCGGGUCCUAAUGGUCAAAUGCCAAGGAAGCCAUCAUAUAUGGGGAGGAGCAACAGGCAAAUGCAUGGAGCUUCUCAUGUAGGCAGUACUAAUAUGAAGGAUCCUUUAGGUAAUCAAAGUUUCAAUGGAUCUCACCCAGCUCUGCCCAGCCAACUUGGGCCCGCGAUGGGCACUCAAAUGGGCCCUCCCGGACAACAUCAAACGCAUCAGUUCAAAACCACGAGCAGGAAAAACAGAAGGAGCAAUAUGCCAAACUUGCGCCACGCUUCAAGUAUGGACGUGCUCUCCAUGUCUGGUACUGGCGCUGCUCCCCCUGGCGCACCUCAACCAAAUGGAGCCCCUCAGCCUAUUGUUGUUAACAAUGUUAGUACGAACUCCAUGAUGGGAAACGUGGCGCCCCCUACAACAAUGUCUAGUAGAUACCAAAAUGGGAGUGGCCUGCAGAUAAACUUCCCCCCCAAUGCUUCACAGCUAGGCCCCAAGUCCGCAGCAACACAAUUGACAGACCCCGUUUCUGGAGUUUCUCCUCAGCAGCGCCAAAUAAGUUCCAGCACUAUAAUCGGUGAGCCCAGCGUUCCCCAGCCUAACAUAUCGUCACAUACUGUGGUACACAACCCUGUUCCCCAGCAUGGGUCUAGCCCCCAUUCGAGCACCUCGUCUUUAUCGAACGAAUCAACUUCUGCGAUGUCUCCACACAACAACAUGAAUGCAAGCGAACCCUCGCCGGUCUCUGAUCCCGAAAAUGGUGGCCAGUACAAGGAAACGGAAGCUGCACACGAACAAGAAUUCGAUCUCAGCGCUACAGAGUCUGGGAAGAAAAAAUCAAAAUUUGGUUUAUUCAGUAAAAAGAAAAAUAAGGCUUGA